GGCAGCGGGAGGGUGGAGGUGUACCUGAACGGCCAGUGGGGAGCGGUGUGCAACUCUCACUGGACGGACAGAGAUGCCAGUGUGGUCUGCAGGCAGCUGGGUUUUGGGGACAUCGGCACGGCGCUGCGGCACCCCCAGUUCGGCUCCGGCUCCGGCCUCUUCCACUACGAGCGCCUGGGUUGCCGCGGGGACGAGGAGACCCUGAGCCGGUGCCGGAGCAGGACCUUCGUCACCGGCGACUGUAGCCACGGAAACGAGGCGGCGGCGGUGUGCGCGCCGCCGGAAGGUCAGUGUGACUCCCCCCGGGGGCGUCAUGGCAGCGGCCCCCCUCUGCGGCUGGUCGGAGGCGAGGAAGACUUCGAAGGGCGAGUGGAGGUGUUUCACGCGGGCCGGUGGGGGUCCGUCUGCGACGACCAAUGGGACGACAGGGACGCUGAGGUGGUGUGCAGACAGCUCGGCUUCGGGGGUGUCGCAAAGGCCUGGUCGUGGGCUCACUUCGGUCAGGGUUCCGGCCCCAUCCUCCUGGACGCCGUGAAGUGCACGGGGAACGAGCUGUUCCUGGAUCAGUGUCCCCACGGCGACUGGGAGCAGCACAACUGCGACCACAUGGAGGACGCCGGGGUGUCCUGCAGUCCUUAUACAGACGGCGUGGUGCGUCUGGUGGGAGGAGACAGCCCGUGGGAGGGCCGGGUGGAAGUGUUCCACAACGGCGACUGGGGCACGGUGUGUGAUGACCGCUGGGCCCAGGAGCACGCCGAGGUGGUCUGCAGGCAGCUGGGCUACAGGGGUCACGCUGAGGUGGUGGCCGAUGGGACGUUCGGCGAGGGCGUGGGUCUGAUCCUCCUGGACGACGUCCAGUGUGAGGGAUCCGAGACCUCCCUCCUGGACUGCCAACACGGGAUCUGGGGUAGGACAGACUGCUCGCACGGCGAGGACGUCGGCGUCCGCUGCAGAGGCCGACCCGGCCCGGAGACCAACGAGGUGCCGGUCAUCGCGCCGUCCACGGGUCCCCUGGUGCGUCUGGCUGGUGGGAGCAGCAGGAAGGAAGGUCGGGUGGAGGUGUAUCUCCAUGGCGACUGGGGAAGCAUUUGCGACUCGGGCUGGAACGACCUGAACGCGGCCGUCGUGUGCAGGCAACUCGGACACAGCGGCGGGGCGGUUGCAGCGGCCGGGUUCGGUCAGGGAAAAGGACCCAUUCACCUGGACCAGGUGAGGUGCACGGGGAAGGAGGAGUUCCUGGGAGAGUGUCCGUCUCUGGGCCAGAACAUCCAGGGCUGCCGGCGCCGGGAGGAUGCAGGGGCGAGGACCACGUGGCCCUGGCAGGUGUCGGUGUGGCUUCAGUCCUCGGACCGAGCCGGCGGGCCCCUCUGCAGCGGCACUCUGGUCAGCCCCUGCUGGGCCCUGACCUCCGCCUCCUGCCUCAGCAGGUUUGCCAGCGACCCGUCCGGCCUGGCGGUGCUGGUCGGCGCCUCGGAGCAGGCCGUCACCCCGGAGCGGGUGGUGGUUCACAGGAAGUUCAAGGGCCAGAGCGGCGGCCAUGACGUGGCCCUGCUCAGGCUGCCCAGCGCCAAAGGCCGCUGCCUGACGUUCCAGCCCGACACCAACGCGGCCUGCCUCCCCGCGGCCGACGCCCCCAGCGGAGAGACCACGCCCUCUUCCUGUGUCGUCGUGGUUACGACAGGCUGGACAGGAGCAGACUCCGUUAUAGCUUCAUGGGUACCUCUGAUGUCGCCAUGGCAAUGUAAGAAGCACUAUGGCAACAGCUUCUCCACUCACGGCACACUGUGCGCCGGCGGUCCUCCGGACCAGGCCGUCCUCCGCGGCGACGGUUGCCAGGGCAACUCCGGAGGCGGGCUGCUGUGCCAGGGAGACGGGGGUCGAUGGGUCCUCGCCGGGGUCGUCGCCGGGGGUUACGGCUGCGCCGGCCCCUCCGCUCCCGCGCUGUACACGCGGGUCAGCCGCUUCAGGAGCUGGAUGGACGAGGUCACCGACGAUCCAGUGACGGCGCACGCACACACACAAACCGGUCUGACGCACAAUGACAAUGACCUCACGCCCACGUACGGAAAACACACACACGGCCAGGGCAGAGAUGAGCACUCGCAACACACGCAGAACGACAUCAGUGAGGCCAAACAAACGCGCACACACACUCAUUCACACACUAAAGGCACACUAAACGCGUACCACAGAGAGGACGACAGCACACACACAGAAGUUGUGGUCUGAUUGAAGCCCUUGCCAUCGGUUGCCGCCUGUGCCAUGUGACCGCCUGUGGAGAGAAAAAGGGAAAAGGAAAGCUAAUUAAAGAUGCUCCCAGUUUAAAGACGCAUUCAAAUCUGAAGUCAGUGUUGCGAAUUACAAGUUUUUUGGGGCUGCUGCUCGUCCAGCGACGUGGGCAGGACGGCAGAGAGUGGCCCGGGGAUUUAGGAAGGGUGUUAGGGAGACUUAUCAGAGACUGAUGGGAAGUUUAGGGUGAGCUUUAUCAUCACCAUGACAACCAAAACAGUCAGCGCAGCCUGUAUAUAAAGGACAAUGGAGUUUGCGUUGAUAUUUGAGGGAUAUUUUGAAGGUGGUCACCCAAGAAUCUAUGCUAAUCUCCCCUAUUUACGUGUCCUCUGCGUGAGUCAUAGGAAAAUUGCAAAAAAAAUACCCUAAAACAGAACAUGUAGUGUUUAAGCUGGCUGCGUCUCAUCUCUGCACCUCCAACACAAACGAUGUAGAUAAGCUCCUGCUAGCAGGCGAGGCUCGUCCCGAGUUAUUUUUUUAUUAACAUGCGUGUGGGUUUCGUUUUCAAACAGGGCUCAUCUCUGAAGGCUUCCUUCUUUUACCUUUAUCGGUGAAAGUGCUGUAGUUUAUUUAGAGACCAUAAGUAAGCUACUAUACAAAGGACUACACCACUGAUUUAUCUUGUUUUAGUGAUAUUAACUUUCAGUGUUCACAUGGCACUCAUAUUGGGAUAAAAAGGGUGUAAAUCAUAACAGAAAUUAGAGUCAAGGAAACCUAGAAUAUAACCUUUUUAGAACUGCUGGUUUUGAUUUGGAUAUCUUCUUAAAACCAUUUCUGGAAAUGGGUGAAAAACCUGGUAGGAACUGUCAAAUGUGCAGUUAAUUUGACCAAUAAUCCUACAAAACUGUGUGAUAUAGAAGGUAUAAAAACUAACACCCCGCAAGAUUAACAGAAAGAACAAAAAUGUUCUGUUCAUGUGUUCGGAGCCAGUGACUCAAAUCAAAUCAAAUCAAAGUAUGGCUAGAAUACAACACGGUUUUCAGUCACGUGUAUUGCUGAUUAUUUCUGGGGCUUUUAAAGAGCAAAAAACAUGUAAAAUCAUUAGCGUAGUCUUUAAAGUCUGUACAGGAUGAUAUUCUCCUUUCAAAGCCAUUUGAAGCUGCCUGUUAGAUGAUAAAUAUGUUUUUGUAUUGCUAUAGAUACGGUAGGUAGAUUCUCAGAUAGACGGAUAGAUAAGUAGCUGCCUCUCCUGAGAUUAGAUGUUUUUAGGUAGCCCACCUGGUGAAGUCGAUGUAGUCUGUUCUGUAGUUGUCAGAUGUGGCAUCCAACCAGGGGAUGGCGACAUUGCUCUAUUUUUCUCGGGGUAGUCUGGGGCCCUGCUGGUUCUUUUUGAUACAGUUGCUGUUAGUGUAUGAACUUGUGCUGGAUGUACCGUGAACCGCCGUGUUGUGAAGCAUCUUGUAAACCUCCGCUGCCCGUCCCGAGCCUGCCGUUUCAAUCCUGUACAUAAACUCAUGCCUGUUCCCUUUCGCCCGGUCCUUCCUCGGACUCGACGUUCACCUCCUGCAAACCCCUGGCCGAAAUGAUGGAAUCGCCACACCAUUCUCUGAUUUAAACAGGCUCCAACUUUCCCUCUGCAGCAGUUGACGGAUCAGCACUGCAGGUUGGGACCUUGUCACAGACCUUUUUUUUUUCUUUUUUCUUUUAAAUUUUCCACUGUUAAUCUUUAAUCAAAUUCAGAUCCUAACUCAAACAUUCAUCCAUCGGCUCAGUAACAGAACCAUUAUCUGUUAUUGUGUCCUUUACCUGACAUCGUAUUAUGGGUGUUUGUGUCAUAGGACCUGAACCAAACUGAGGUUAUGGCAUCGUCUCCCUGUCUGACGCAGACGGGUGAUUCAUCUCUGAAUAUCACUUAUGUUCAGGCUCUCCGCUCCUCUUAAACCCACUGUAAUUUUCCUUCCUUUUGUUUCGGUGCUCUUACGGUUUAUUUUUGGCUUUUCUGAAUGGGAAUCCCAUUGCUUUCAGUUGAGUCCUCACAGCUUGACUGCUUCCCAUUUGUUUAAUAAUUUAUUUGGUUUUAAUUUUUCUAUUUUCUGAUAUUUGGCCAUGAGUUUUCCACCCUGACAUUUUGACUUCAUCAACCUCAUGUGUGAUGUGAAAGAAAGAAAAAAAAUGGAACAGAUUCAGAGCAUUUAUUAGGUCUGAUUGGUUUGGUUGUGUGUUUUUCAAAAUAAAAUGAAAAUACCAAAUAAAUAUCAUUCAAGAGUGGUGAAACAAUCAUUUUUGCCAGGGAUUGAAGAUCAUGUGGGUUAAUGUAAAUAAUGUACGUCUUCGGGAAGAUGAUGUGAGAGUGCAGAGUGCAUAUACUUUGUGUUGAACCCGCCGGCCGUUUCUCCUCAGUGUACUGUGCUGGAUCAUGGUUGUGUAUUAAAACGUAAACCUGCUGAGAACAAAUACCAAGUGUUGCUGUUUUUCUUUCCAAUUUCAGAUGUUCAGUUGUGAAUCUUUCGAUAAACCUGUUUAUGAAUCGGCUUUUGUUUUCGAUGUGAGCACCCUAUGCUACAGCAUGUGAAGUAGAUUAAA